AUAAAAUGGAUACGUUAAAAAGCAAAUAAAAGUAACUUGACGUGAAUCAUAUGAAGAUGAAGGGAAUUCUACUUUUAUCGUGUCUUACAUUUGUUUUUGCACAAGAUCUACCUCGUAAAAUUGGACAAUUUGAAACAAGCAAUCCAGCGUUUACGGAUUUUUAUGAGAACAGACAAGCUACACGGCCCCAGGACAGAUGGAACCUUCUUUACUCAUGCUUUAGUGGGGCUCCAAUACCAGAUUACAUACGACAGGUCCGGGGUUUUGGACAGUACCUUGGUAAUGUUAACAAUACAGUUGUUCAACAACUAUCUGAUGAGGUUGAAUGGCCACGUGAACCCGGAUCCAUUCCUUUUGAAGUUUUCGGACAUGAAGCAAUACAUGCUCCCGAUGGGUUCCUUGUCCCAGGCAAGGACGAGGGCACUGUGAAUAUCAUUGACAUGCGCAAUAACCCUCCAACCACACAUCAGCUGAUACCACGUGACUGGUGGUUUUACCACAGGGUAACGUGGAUGGAUAUGAAUGGUGAUGGACGAAUUGAUAUUGUAACUGCAAGGGCGAGAAGAGAACCAAACACAGGCAUCACGAUCUCCGAACUGAUCUGGUUGGAGCAUCCUGCAUCCGCCAAUCCACUGUUAGAAGAGUGGGAUGUAAACGUCCUAAGUGAAGAUGUUGCAGACACCAUGCACAGAGCACUCAAUCUUACAGUUGAUGGGCGGACGUACCAAGUCAUAUUCACGAUUGGUUACUUUUCUGGGCGAGUGUCUGUAUUUUGGACGACUAACCCUAAUGGAUACUGGACAAAUGUAAACGAGGUUCGAUCGAGAACAAUUGAUUCUGAUAUACAGCGAGGGUUCUCCGUAGAACUAGAAGACGUCAAUAACGAUGGGAAACUAGAUAUCAUUGUUCCCGACAACAGUGUUACAAAUGGCUCGGUUCUUGUGUAUGAGAUUCCUAAUGACUUCCGAGUAGACCCGUUCCCUAAACACAAUUUGCAGUCUGGGUUUGUGCCACUAAGAGACGACGACGACGCAGGGUCACCUGGAACUGUCAACUCGUUCUAUCCACGUGCAAAUGCUACCGGUUCUAAGCCGUAUUUAAUGGUUUCCGGUGACGACGACGGGAAGGCGUACAUAUUGACUCCGCGAAGCCAGGAUCCACGUGACUGGUCUUACGACAUUCAUCUUCUAUUUGAAUCGGACGAGGAGUUGUUUUCGCCUAUAGUUGGGAAACUGUCAGCGGUGGACGCGGAUGGAGAUGGCUUCACCGAGAUCAUACUCCCUGAAUACUGGGCAGAUAUAAUGCACGUCUAUUCAUAUGCGUAAACAUAGUUCAGUGUACAUAUUUGUAGCUUAUUUUUAUAUGUAUGUCACAAAGAUCUGUUGUUUGACUAGCUUUAAUUAAAUAUAGAUGUUGAAAACAA